CCCAAUACGUAAUACAUUUAGAAAAGCUUGUUGCUUAUCUCAGUUCUCUUAUUCUCAGCUCUCUUGUUCUUGAAUCUUGAGCACGAGCAUGGGUGAUGGGCGAGCCGUAGAUAGUUAAAAUACCAUUGCAACUUGUCAUUGAUAAGAGUAAACUUGACGUAUUUGCGUUGAUAAUUAUAUCUCAUACCUUAUCUUUUUCAAUUGCGUAGAAAAAAAUUUAUUACAUUUAAAUAUUGUACAAUUCUUGUGAAUUACAAUCAGAAAAGAAUUCAUAAACUUGAUCAAUUAAAUGAAAUGGAAUUGGCAAGAAACGUUUGGAGAAGGUCUCUAUUUGUAUAUCAGUCCAGUAUUCAAGCAUCACUUAGAACUAGUUCAAGUGAUGCAUCAAAUAUAAAUGAGACUCAUACCGUCUCUAAAUUAACAGAUCUACAAUCUAAGAUCACAGAUGAAAAAGUUCAUAGUGCGUUAAGAGCAACCGAAGAACUGUCUUCUUACAUUGGACUAGCCAGAGAAUUUGCUAAUGACAGUAAAGAAGAGCAUCCCUAUGUAGAUAAAUUAAAAAGAGUUCAAAUGAUAUUGUUUGAUCUUCACCAUACUAUUUUAAGAGCGACACCUGGAGAGAAAAAAUUAUUUGAACAUCGACACACUAAAGACUUGGACGAAUGGAUUGAAAAAUACUCAAAGCAAUUACCACCUCCUGAAGAUUAUAUUAUACCAGGUGGAGGUAAAGCUUGUGCAUCUUUACAUGUUGCAAGAACAAUAUGUAGAAGGGCUGAACACAGUCUCAUGCCUCUUGUAACAAAUGGUACUCUUGACCAACAAGCACAAACAUAUCUGAAUCGACUGACAGAUUUUCUUCUCACUAUAUCUCGAAUUGCUGCCAAAUGUGAUAAACGCACAGAAAAUAUUUACAUACCUCGGGCAGAAGUUUCAAAAGAAAAAUAAAAUAUUUGAAGAAU